AUGACCGACCAGGGAGAAUACCUGGAGAUCCCAAAUGCACCUGAAGAGGAGCCACCGGCUUAUGAUACUUUGGAGGAUACAUCUGGGGACUUUGCAAACUAUGAGCAGUUUGAUAUAGAUGAACCGGCACAGAGACCGAGAAUGAGCCCGCGUGAGCUGUUCUACAAGGCUGGGGAUUUCGCAAAGAGUUUCAACAAACGAUUUUUUCGUCCCAUAAACAACGCUCUGGAUCCGGUCUAUGAGCUUUAUCGAUUCAUCAGCACCAAGACCGAAAGUUACAUUUCUAAAGUCGGCAAUCCGCUUAUCAUUAAACGACUCCUCUAUGUUUUAUUUAUUGCCACAAUCAUUUACGUUAUAUCGAUGUCUGGCUUGUAUCCUGAUGCUGCCGGGACAUUAUACGGAGAUUUCUACGAUGUACAGAAGCUCCAUUCCUACAUUGACUCCCACGUGGAGGUCAGCAGGAUCGAAGAAAAUCUGGAGUACUUAUCCUCCAUGCCACACAUGGCCGGUACGGCUGGAGAUCUCGCUCUUGCUCGAUAUAUUGAGGAUAUUGUUUCCGACUCCGCGCUUCAAUUGGAUGGAAACUCAAAAUUCGCUGCAUAUGUCAACUAUCCCGAAAACGUGCAUGCUAAACUAUACCAUGGAGACAAAUUAAUACACGAUUGUGAUCUGAUCGAAAAAUUGACUGGCCAAGACCAUAAUGAAAAUAACAUUGAAUUGCAACAAAUGGCAUUCAACCCGGGCUCAAAAAGAGGGUCUGCCAAGGGUCGUGUGAUCUACGCCAACUAUGGCACAUUAGAGGAUUAUAAAGUGUUGAGAGAAAAAGAUGUGAAUAUUAAGGGCUCAGUCGUGGUGGUAAAGUACGGGGGCCUUUUGAUGGAAUCGAAAAAGCUGUAUUACGCACACGAACAAGGGGCAUCUGGAGUCCUCUUCAUCAGCGAUCCGAAACCGGAUUCUGCUUACAACAUGCGCUCUAUACAAAAAGAACCUGUCGCAUUACCUGAUUAUUAUACUGGAAAUAUGGUGAGUCCUGGCGGGGGGGUCCUCGAUAGAGUCCCAGACUACUUCGAUUUGAACAUCAUGUGGAAUUCCAACAACUGCACCCCGCGCAUUCCAAGUAUCCCCAUCUCGUGGGAAAGCGCAAAGAACAUCAUGAUCCCCUUGCAAGGACAUGGGGAAAGGCUAGAGGGAUGGGACUUGGACUUCGGUAAUGAAAAGGUUGAGGUUUGGACGGGUAGCGACGAGUUUGUUGUUGAUAUGUCCAACGAAGUGGUGGAAAGAAUGAAUAAGGAGGUCUGGAACGUUGCUGGACGGAUAACAGGAUCUGAGCAAAACAACCUUGCAAUUGUCAUUGGGGCAGCUAGAGAUUCUCCAGGAUAUGGUGCUGUUGACAGCACGGGGACCGCGGUUCUUCUCGAGCUCAUUUCUCUGUUUUCCAACAUGAUGCGUGCAAUGAAGUGGAAACCUCUCAGAUCAAUCUAUUUCGUCUCGUUUUCGGGAACAGACUACAAUAUGGCUGGUUCCACCUACUUUGCUCAAAGUAAAAACGACUUUUUCAACCGCCAGGGGUAUACUUAUAUUGACUUGAGCGAUGCUGUGUCGGGCUCUAAGCUGGAGAUCGCGGCAGAUCCGAUUCUACAUUCUCUGAUUCAAGAUUGCUUGAGUUUAGUGGAAGAUCCAGCCACAAAUAAGUCACUUGCUGAAGUUUGGGAUAAGAGUUUUUUGUCCAUGAAAGAUAAUACAAAGAAUUAUCAGCCGUUCAUUUCACACUUUGGUAUGCCCUCCGCCGAAUUUCGUUUCAAGGGCAGAAGCUAUCCCAAAAACAGCUGUUUGGACACAUUCGACAAUUUCAAGAAACAGAACAUCGACAGCGAAAUGCAAUAUCACAAAGCACUGACUCGAUUAGUGGCGAAAAUCAUCUUACAAUUGACUGAUAAGCCAAUCAUUCCUUACGAUAUAUUCAACAUGGUCUCUGCGAUUAACAGGAAUAUGAAGGAUUUGCGCUCUUAUGUUGAGUUCAAAGAUAAAAACUCCAAAUUGGAUUUCACUAGAUUUGAUACGUCCUUGAUAAAACUCAAAAGUAUUGCGAGAGAGCAGCAGUCGUUUAUCAAGACCUGGACUGAAAUCGUAAACGCUGAUUCGGGCUCAGAGCCAAACCUCUUGGCCGUCAAUAGGUGGGACUGGAACGCAAAGCUUGUCCUUCUAGAAAAAAUACUGCAAUCCUCUAACGGCAUCUAUGAUCGACCAUGGCAUAAGAAUGUUCUAUUUGGAAAUGAGUUUAGAGUUCCCGAAACAACGGAAACGUCAUUCAUAUAUGAUUCCUUCCCUGGUGUUCGGGAUGCGAUCGAUGCAGGAGAUUGGAAAGAAGCUCAGAAUCAGCUUGAACUGAUCUGUGAGCUUAUGGACCAAUGUUUAGAUUUAUUUCAACUUAAUUAA